CUCAACAUCCGGUCAAAUUCGUACCGGUGCCCUCAACUUAAGGCUCAAGAAUGAUAAGGCCAGGAUUUUUGCAGUUUGACAUGUGAAAAAAUCCCAUGGAAAUAUCAGGUGUACAAUGUCAUUAUCUGCGAAUGUGAUGAACAGUUGACAAACUGAGGAAAAAUGGCAGCGGCACCGGUCAGUCUGAUGACCAGGAUCGGUAGGAGGGUGUUCACUCUGGUCAAGUUUGGCUGUAUUCUACACUGCAUGACAGAAUAUGUGGGAACAUUUGCAGUGUGUCAUGGGAUUUCUAUGCAGCCGACCUUACAUUCUGGGGAUAUCAUCCUUGGUGAUCGUUUAGCCAUUACAAGACGAAAGUUAGAAAAUGGUGAGAUUGUGCUGUGUAAGUCACCAGAGGAUCCAUUCAUGUACGUCUGUAAGCGUGUAGUAGCUAUGGAGGGUGAAAGAGUCUUUAACAAGGGAUGGUACACGAAAAUUCCAAAGGGUCAUGUGUGGCUUGAAGGAGACAACAGAGAUUUUUCCCAUGACUCUCGCAGCUUUGGUCCUGUUCCCUAUGCCUUAGUGUAUACAAAGGUAUUUUACAGGAUUUGGCCUCCAAACCAGGUUGGUUCUCUAUCCGACAAAUCAAGACACAUAUGAUUACCACUGCAGCCAGAUCAGUCUGACUACCUCUAAUGUAUACCCUUCAAGAGCUGAAUAUUGAUAACACUAGCUGAUGACCAAACAGGGCUGAUUACCUCCACUGCCUUUUGAAAGACAAUUACUCAUUGAUACCAUAUAUAUAACAUAUAUAUUGGUGGGUAAUAGAGAGAAAAAAAUAUCAUCAAUGUACAUUUGAAGACAUCUGAAUAUUCCUGUUGUUUCUUCAAUUAAACCUGCAACAAAUCCACAGAAAUGACAAUGAGCAUACUCUAGAGAAGUCACCUACAGGCAGUUUCUUUAUCGUGGCAUCGUGUUGUCUGGGAAUCACCUUGGUGACAUCAUGUUGUCUGCAGGUCACUAUAGUGACACAAUAUUGUCUGGGAUUCACCCAUCUUCGCUAGCCAAGUGUUCGCUUCGUAUAACCUUUUGAUUACCCUUGGCUGAAAAAGCUGUGUUUUCCGAGCCUUUAAAUUAUCGCGCGGCGCCAAUCGCUUGCAUCCAAUGAAAUUACAUCUUACAUAUAGCGCUGUUGACCUUUGUCAACAGUAAUGGCGACGCCCUGUAUGGAAUCACAUUGUUUAUUUCAGAGUGUUUUGCCCCAAAAAAGUAGGCGCACAAUCUUUGGGGACAUUUUUGGAGUGUUAAAUCAGUUGGUGGAAAUACUUGACUACGAAGUGCCACAUGUAAAUGAUGACCUGGGAAAAUAUGUGUGCUGCCAUUGUUGGAACAAACUCAACAAGCUUUCUGAAAUGAAGCAUGACAUUUUGGCCAAACUUGAGGCAUUAAAAACAGAAUGGCAAACCUUGAUUGGAAAUUUAAAGUAAGCUCACAGAUCAGGACUAUCAGGUGGACAAAGUGUGAACGUAGCGGUAACACCAAAAUAAAAAAAGCAUGCUAUGAUUCAAUCCCAACUCCCCAGAAAAUUACACAUACACGUGCUUAUGUCAACACCACCGAUGGAGUGAGCGUGUAUGUAACAGUCAUUGUGAUUGGUUAAAAGGUUUUUGAUAGAAGAGCAAUAACUCGGUAUAUCCGCUAGGUAGCAGUGGAGGGAGUUACGAAAACACGCCUAUAUCUGCCAAGGGUAACUGGAGUGUAUACGAAGCAAACACUUGGCUAGCGAAGAUGGGAUUCACCAUGGUGACAUCAUGUUGUCUGGGAUUCACCAUGGUGACAUCAUGUUGUCUGGGAGUCAUCAUGGUGACAUCAUGUUGUCUGGGAGUCACCAUGGUGACAUCAUGUUGUCUGAGGAUCAUCCAUCUUUGAUACUCCAGUGGUUAUGCUCACAUUCACUCUCUGCACCAAGGCAAAUAUCUAGCAAGCUGAUUGGUCUCAGGUUAAAUAACCUGACUAAUCGCUAGGCUGACACCUGUCUUUUGAAGAUUACAGACGAGUGGCACCCAACUUCAAAGCCAGCCAAUUUUUUUAUGGGUAUCAAAGGA